AUAUUUUAAGCAAACAAGCAUAUUCAGUCAAAAAAUGUAUAGAUAUCUGUUAGUUUACUUCGCUACUACAUUAAUCCAGAGACAGAGCACCUUGGCCACUUUGUGCAUCACCAAGGUAAUAGUGCGUGUGCCUCGGGAGAAGGACAUUGGCCUGAUCUUUGAUCUGACCGUCAUCAAUCGAAUAAAGGGUAUGAAAAGGGAAACAGUGGACUUUGUAAUCGCCUCGGACGGAGAAUGCACUGUGAACACCACUCGAGGAGAAUUGGUCUCAUCGGUAGGUCGGGUUUAUGGUGCGGAUUUUGGAACACUAGAACCAGGGAAGAGUGAGACUGUCUCCUUGGUCUGGCCAACAGUGUCCCUGUACAACCGAGUGGGCAGUUGCCCCAUCACAAUAAUCACCACAAAUGCGCAAAAUGCAGUCUCCACCUCGAGACAAAUAAUUCACUUUGACACUCGGUUUGAGGUCCUGGAUCCGAAGAAACAAACCCUGUGCAAGCGCAAGGACUUUGUCAACUGCCAUAACUGGGACAAGGACUACCUGCGCAAUUGUACGCCUCUGAACUGCGAGGAGCGCUAUUUUGGGCAACGGAGCUUCUUCAACCAGGACACGGGUCAAUGCGAAGUGGUGCCACCCUGUUAUGGGGACGGGAAGUACUACGAUCCUUUUGCCAACGAAGGAGUUGAUUUUGGGGGUUUCCUGUCGGAGGAUGAGGUCGAGCAGAUCAAACAAGGGGACUUUGAUAUAAAUUUUUUGGAACUGCGUGGACCUCCAAAAGAACCACAAGAAAAAUCUAAAACAUUCGUAGAAAAGGAGAAGCCCCCGACUGCCACUCCGAAAGCUUUAGCUCUUAGUCCGGAAGAUUGCGAUAAGUCCAUUCAAAAUACAAAAUAUCUCACGCUGGCCGACUUUAUCGAGUGCUUCCAGCACAUAAAAGAAUCUUCAGGCGAUAAGAAAAUACAGAAAAAGUCACCUUUUGAGGUGCCGCUUCUGACCCAGUUGUAUUACGACUGGUUCUUACCCAUCAGAGCCGAUACUUUGAGUGACUUUCGGGGGCGCAUUGCUGCAGAUGGCCCCAGCUCCAAGCAUGUGCGUUCGGGGGCUGAGCCUCUCAUGAACUGGCUAGCCAAACUGGACUACAAGGAUUGUCUGAAGCUGUUCUUUAGAGGACUCGCUAUUAUCUCACUGUUAAUUCUGUUUCAGAUUGGCAUGACUCUCCUGGCCUAUUUUUUGGUGUGUCUUGCCGUCUAUGGAUUCAUUGAGAUCUACUCCACGUGGAAGUCCGAGGAUUCGAUUGGGACCUAUGUGGCAGACGUGGCUUCCCACAGCAGUUCCUUAGAUGUUGUUACAACCGAAAGCCUAAUGUCCAAGCGUUAAAAGAGCGCAAUUAUGCGAAAUUUAAAAAAACUGGUAUUAAGCUUCAUUCAAGUCCUUAAAAGCAAAACUCCCCAAAUAAAUCAGUUUUUCUUUA